AAAGGGAAGAGAGAAGGGGUUGGAGUGGAGCCCAAGCCAUACAUAGCUAUACUAAGAACCACUGUGUUCGCUCGUUCCUGCAUUUCUCUUUGCGAUUCAACUGUCUCUUCUCUCAGGAAGAUUUUCAUACUUCGUUCCGGGAAAGCUUUAGUUGCGGACCUGAUGUCGAUCUUUGAGUAUAAUGGAAGUGCCGUAGUCGCGAUGGUGGGGAAGAAUUGCUUUGCCAUCGCCAGCGACCGUAGGCUUGGAGUUCAGCUGCAGACUGUGGCCACAGAUUUCCAGAAAAUUUACAGGAUUCAUGAUAAGCUAUUUCUCGGCCUUUCGGGCCUCGGAACCGAUGCUCAGACACUGUAUCAACGGAUUGUCUAUCAGCACAAACUGUACCAGCUCCGAGAAGAGAGGGACAUGAAGCCUGAGACAUUUGCUAGCCUGGUCUCAGCUCGUCUUUAUGAGAAAAGAUUUGGUCCAUACUUCUGCCAGCCUGUAAUUGCUGGAUUAAGUGACGAAGACAAGCCCUUUAUUUGCACGAUGGACUCCAUUGGAGCCAAAGAGCUUGCUAAAGAUUUUGUUGUUUCUGGCACGGCAUCAGAGUCCCUUUAUGGUGCUUGUGAGGCAAUGUUUAAACCUGACAUGGAACCAGAGGAAUUAUUUGAAACCAUCUCUCAAGCGCUGCUGUCUUCUGUGGAUCGGGACUGUUUGAGCGGAUGGGGAGGGCAUGUCUAUGUUGUUACACCGACCGAAGUAAAAGAGAGAAUCUUGAAGGGACGAAUGGAUUGAUCUUUCUUCUGAUGCAUGAAAGACGACUUGUUCAAUGAGGGUACUUCCAAUUAGACUGCAGCCACGGGCAUUGGAUGGAGUUCGUGAGUAAAAUGCAAGAAUAUUUUCAUGUUGUGCUGAAACUUGUAAUCUGCUUUAUAUAUUUGACAUGGAAUUCGCUUUAUCUAGAUCUGUCAACAUGAAACAUGGUUUAUGAAUCGAAAUGUGCCUCCUUGUUGCAAAA